AUGGAUAUAUAUGAUAAUUAUCCAUCACAUUUGUCAAUUGCCUGUAGUGAGCUGCUACCUCGAAUCCAGAAUCAAAGUUUCGCUGUGGAUACAUAUUUUUUGCAAUCGGUUAUCGAUCGAAUUUUCAAUGAUCCACAAAUCGAUCUUUUAUUCGUUUUGUCACAAGCAGGAAUAAACGAUUCUGGAAAUGAAUUUAACCAAGUAGUCGAAUUGAUUGGUGUAAAUUCCGUCAUAUUCAAGCUCUUAUUGGAAUCAAGCACCGAAUUUUUCGAAUACUUUAUGAUCUCUUUUUGCCGACAUUUGGAGCGUAGUUCGUGUAUUUUCCCAUUGCAAACGGUGCAAGAUAGUGUUUACAUGAGACUUCUCGCCGAUUAUGUUUGUUUUAUGAUGCCGGUGAAUGACGAAAAUUCAGUUGCUGUAACAGCGAAAAAAAUUCAUCCUGAAAAUACAAUGAAGAAUAGUUAUAGUACACCAUUAAAUCUCUUUAAUGAAGAAGCUUUAAGACGAUAUGCGCUUUGCCCAUCAUCACAUUCCAUUCGAACCUUGCGAACUAUGACACAGUCUAUUUCACCACACUUCUUAACAUUCAUAUGUGUUCUUGUUCGUUCAUACUGCUCGUUAUCAAAUUGGCCAACUGAUUAUCGUUUUAUGGCCCUAAGAUUUGUUCUUAAGGAAAUUCAUGUAUUUGCACUUGCUGAAUCAGAUGAUUUCAAUUUUUCCCAAUCGAAACUUCAAUUGCAAUGGAAUGCACCAUUUGCGGAUGAACUUUUUGAUUUUUUCUUGUCGUUAUUCACUCGUUGGCCACCAAAUCCGUCGUUCACUAAUCUUUUCGAUGUAUGGAUUACAUGGAUCCGACCAUGGCGUUACUGUGGCAAUGAUCUGCAACGUGUUAUGCCAUUUAUUCGUUCCAAUCGUCGUUAUUAUAUCGAAUUGUCAGAUGCGUUUUGGCGGCGGAAAUUUUCACUUGAAUGUACACAAGAUGUAGAAAAUUUAACUUCGUACAUUUGUAUUCUAACUUCUCCUGAUAUGCUGGAGGUCUACGAGGCUUUGGAAUAUAAUUUGGAGCCAAAUGUUCUUACUUUAAUGAAUUCAUUGAAAAAAGGCGCGGAAAUUUUGUGUUUGAAAGUGCUGAAAAGUGAAGAAAAGUUGGAAAAAGCAAGCUGGUUUCAGCGCAUGUUUUUCUGUCUUGAUGAGGAAUCACUGUUAUUGGAACAAAAAAGACUUUGGAAGCAUUGGAGAGACUUAUUUUUAGCGCAAGCAAAGCCAUGUCAGAGUCGCAGAAUAUCACUUUUGUUACGAAGACAGUUACAGCAAAUGAAUCCUCUAUCAGCGUUGGAAACGCUUCUAAUUCACAUAAUUUAUUGAAUUCUUCUUCGCCACUUUCACGAAAGCAGACUCCUGACCACUACGUUGAUUCAGCGACAAAACUGAUGUAUCUUACACCACUUGGAAGAAAGCAGGUUGCUCAAGGAACGCAUAGUUUUGAUUAUUCAAAAUGCUGGAAAAAAGCAACACCACCAAUCAUUUCAUCACUUCGUCCUGAUGAAGUCUGGUGGUUAUCCAGAUUACUGUAUCGAUUUCUAGAGCUGUUAAUCGCACCAAUUUUAUCCAGCAUCUUUCGCAAUGCUACGGAGAUUUUACACUAAAUGGUUUCAUUGCUCGACUUUUGCUUGAUCCGGAAUAUCCAAAUGUCUCUGUUCCAGCACAUUCAUCAGUUAUUGCAUUUCAAAAACCAUGCCUUAAUUUACGUUAUCUUGCCUAUUAUCGUAAUCUGAUACCAAUUUGUGUUUUCUUCGUCUUGCUCUCUUUCCUUCCCUUUUCUUAUUGCUCAAUAACAUUAUUUUGUAUGUUCUUGUACAGUAGAUUUUUGCCUUAAAUUUGCCCGAUGAAUUAAUGAUAAAAGGAAGGAGAAUGUAGAAACAAACGUAUCG